UCAGAAAAGAACACUUUUUGCUUUAAUGCAGGGAGGAACUCCCCAUGACACGGCGGCUCGCCUGGCGUCCAACGUAGAGCCUCUACUGGCCGAAACGCGCGCGCAUCUGCUGCACAAGGAGCCUGACCGCGCGCGUGCGAGUUUCCUGCGUCUGCCGGAGCUGGAAUCACGUCGUAAAGCGUAUCUGGAGGCGACACUACGCGACUUCUACGCCGCCGGAUUGUUCGACGUCCCCGUGCUACUUACGUUCCUGGAGGCGCUUCCAAGCUGGCAUUGGACACUAGACGGGUGUGCUGUGCUGCAUAACGUGAGCUCCGCAUUGCGAGCGCCCAGCAGCGGCGCCGGUGGAGGUGGCAAUGCUCUCAGAGCGCUCGAAGCGCGUCAACGCAAGUUCCCACAGUUGCCAUUAGCGUUUUUCCUGCUGAAACUCAUGAGUCACUUGGAAGGAAGUGCUCGUGUGCGUGCCGAGAGCUACUGGUACGCGUGGGUGAGUCCUACACUGCGCGCAGUAGCCAGUGGACAGCCACUAGAGCUCAAGAUCUUGUCCAGAACAGGCCGCAGCGAGUACAGACAGGGAGAUGCAAGUAAAGAAGAGUUACUGUAUGCACCUGGCAAUGCUGGAACGUUCGAUAAUGACCGUCGUAACGCUCUGUGUUGGGUUGGAGAGGGCAACGACAAUGAGAUGGCUACAUGGCCGAAUGACAAAGAUCGCACCAAGGCGCAGUGGAGACUCAUCCCGUCCGAUGUGCAUACAGACACCUUUCUGCUCCAAAGUGUCAAAUUCGAGGAGUAUUUGUACGCUGCAGACUACGCCAAGUUCAAGAAAGACGCUCGAGGCAAAGCGAGGAGUCGAGUGUUCACGUGGCGGAAACAAGCGGAAUCUCCUGGACCUGCGGGCAAGUGGCAGUUGGUGUCGUUGAGUGUGGAAGAGAGAGACGUGUUUGCGCUGUACAAUCCCUACCAGCGAGAGUUUUUGUACUCCCCGACGGCCGAUCUACUGGACAGUAAGAGACGCCACGUAUUGACUCGAGCAGCGCCCGAUGGAGCGCGUGAGGCGUCCACUACAGAGGGAGGAGCCAUGUGGUGUGCGUGGCGGAUCUCCCCGGCUCAGCAGUCGUCCAUGGAGCGCGGCGUGGAGGCCUUUUUCGCCAAGAAAUACCCCGUCGCAGUCGAGCAAUUGACGCAGGCACUGCAGGAUUUGCCAGAUAACACGCAACACGUGAAGUGCUUUGCUUACCGGAUGACUGCGAACCUGCGUCUGCGUCGAUUCGACCUGGUAGCGCCGGAUUUCCAGGCCAUUCAGGAGCUUGGAGGCGAUAAGGCUGCGAUUUUUCACGGCCUCGCGCAUCUGUGGGAGGAGAACGCCAGUUAUCUCGCUGCGAUGGCCAAUUCGUCUCCAGAUCUUCAGAUCCAGGCCAUCGAGAUCUCGACGUCGCCUGAGAACCCCUUCUUCAUGCGUCAUCAACUCUCCAAGGGCGACGACUAUUUCGUUCGUCGAGAUUUCCAAGCGGCUAUUGUGUGUUACCAAGAAGCGGCUACAUGUACGCCCACUACGACGUCGUCAUCAGCUGAGAACAGUAUGGAAGACCCCGAGACAACGCGGCAACGUGUUCGCGCGUACGUGUCGUGUGCCAAGUGUUUCUUCGCGUUGGAUGAGAGUGAGAAUGCGUGGCAAUACUUGAGUAUAGCACAUGAUAUCACUGGCGUGUCAGUGGAGGGGGAGGCGGCCAUUUUACUCUGGAAAGGCAAGUGUCGACGAGCUCAGAAAGCUUACGACGAAUCGCUGGAACUACUCGAAAAAGCGUUUGAUCGAGCGAGUGCAGCGUCGGCAGCUUCGGUGGGGUUAUCGUCGUCCGCAGCGGGUGCUCCGAUGUCUGCUGCGGUGCUGAAGCGGUCUAUUCUGAUGGAAAUGAAGGUUGUGGGGCUCUUACGACAAGGAGUGUAUGAUACGUUACUGUCUACAGAUGAGAAUGGGGUCACAACUAAUGGGAAUGGAGUGAAAGAAGACAGAGAAAUGGGUACUAGCGGAGACGCAGAGAAAACGUUAACGCAAAUGAUGGAAAUGUUCCACUGCCCACUGAGUCUGGAGCUGAUGGACGACCCUGUUACUACACCCGACGGCAACACGUACGAGCGCUCGAUGAUCGAGCAACAUCUCGAAGUGAACGGCUGCUUCGACCCUUUGACGCGAGCGCCGCUGACCAAGUCGCAACUCCAUCCGAACCGAGCAUUGAAACAACUCAUGGAGACGCUGCUUAGUGAUCAUCGACUGGGACUGCUGCUCGCAUCGUGUUCGACGUAGAAAUUUCUUUAACAAAUAGUGAUCCAGCAACUACGCAUUUUCAUUCUUUGCGUAAUCAACGAAAGUUGGAAAUUACUCUCAAUUAUCACAUUGUUCUUGCAUAUUAAUCGGACAUUUUGUUGAAACAAAUACAUUUGCAGUUAACACUUCAACA